AUGAGACAGAGAUUAGAAGCCAAAGAAUCUGCAAUCCUUGCUAAAGAAGUUGAAAAGAAGAAGGCAGAACAGGAGAAAGAAAGGUUGGAAGAUGAGUUGGCAAAGGAGCGACUCAGACUUGCAAAGGAACUAGAAAGCGUUAAAAAUCAUUAUGUAGAAAAAGAGCGGAAAAAUUUCCUUCUUGGCUCUAUGCUGAAAGAGAAGGAAGAGUCGUUGCGUACUGAAUUGUUAAGUGGCUUACAAAAUGAAUUGCAAACCCUGGAAGCCCAAAAUAUGUCCUUAGAACAGGAACUUGAGUCAACAGCUGUAGCAACAAAAUAUGCGAGGGAGGAAGUGGUGGAGUCUGUCUCUGGCGUCUUAGAGAAUGAGCUUCAGUGCUCUAUCUGCAAUGAACUCCUCAUUACUGCCAUAACGUUGAACUGCAGUCACACGUUCUGUAAAUAUUGCAUCGACCGGUGGAAGAAAAACAAGCAAGAGUGUCCAAACUGUCGUGCUUCCAUAACGUCAGAGACACGAUCUUUAGUUGUAGAUAAUUUCAUUGAAAAAAUUGUGCCAACUCUGUCUGAAGAAAUGAAGAAGAAGAGAGCAGAUAUUGUUGCUGAGAGAAAAGCUGAAAUAGAAGUAUGCUCUUUGGCCCAGGCUGCAGCAGCAACACAAAGGGGAAGAAGAGGAAGGAGAAGAGGAGCAGGAAGACAAAAUGCUCCAAACAGAGCUGGAGUGAGUCAAAGACAAGGCCGAUCACAAACCGGAGGAAACCAGACUGGACAUCCUCCUGAUACAAGAAACCCCAGCCUCAAAGAAAUGAGCCACAGUCUCCUGUACCUGGGACUUCAGGAACAAUAA